AUGGUCAACCUCACCACUCUCAAGCUCCCCAAUGAGGUCAUGUUCAAGCGCCUGGUGUGGCUGCUCGAAAAUGAUCCAGAACCAGUGAUCUUCGACCCUCGGGAUGGAGUCCAGGCGGGUUAUCCUCAAUUGUUGGCGGAUAUUCGGGAGACUCGCAAGGCCAUCUACCAGAGUCUCCCAGAGGGUCUUUUUGACGACCAGGGGAGAAUCAGUAAGGACAAGCCAUGCGUUGGCGUUCUGACCCCGACGAGCUACGACUUUGUCGUCGCCUCAUUAGCCAUCUUGGCAGUGGGAGGUGCUAUCGUGCCUCUUGGGCUGAGGCUGCUGCCCCAGGAGGCGGGCGAGCUGCUCCAAAGAUGCUCUGCAUCGGGUAUUUUGACCAGCUCAAAGUACGAGGAGUUAGCGCAGGGAUUCCAAGAACAUGGAAGCCCCAAGGGCCAGACUCUCCCCAUUAUGCCCAUUUCGAUCCAUCACGGCUUGCACUCGCGGAGCAAGGACUUGAAUAUCCGGGCUGAAAUUGAUCCGGAAAUGACCAUCCCCGAAGACACAUACAGUGCCAUUCUCUUCACAUCCGGCACGAGCGGCCCACCAAAGGGCGUGGUGCACGUGCGAAGACUCUUCAAUAACAAUCCGCUGCUGCAGACGGAGCCAAUCACAUCCCUCUGCUAUCAGCCGCCACAUUGGAUCAGUGGCUUUCUUCUGUUGCUCAGUCGUCCACUGGCCGGACACCGCCUGGUGAUGAGCAGCGGUGGAUGCGCAGAGCUGUGGGAAGCGCUGCGUCAAGGCGGGAUCCACGGGUUUUGGGCAGUCCCCACGACCUGGGAAAAGAUGAAGACUCAUUAUGAAGAGGUCUUAAAAUUUCUCCCGCCCGAAGAGACAGAGGAAUAUCUCCGAGGUAUGCAAGAAGUCAACACAUUCCGAGUCACAGGGGCUUUUGCCACGGAGCAAGUGCGAAAGUUCUGGCGUGAUGUCUUUGGAAGACCGUUGGAAUGUGGAUUCUCGAGCACUGAGCUGGCCGGCCAUGGUUGUACAUAUUUGCCAGGCCCUGAUGAAGAACUUGGGAUCGAGCGUUGUAUUGGGGAGUCGCAGCCGAACGUAUCAAUCAAGCUCACCGAAGGCGACUCGGGCGAGCUCCUCGUGAAAGCAAAGGGAAUAUUCUCCCACUACCUGGACAACCCUGAAGCCACAGAGGCAGCCUUUGACGAGGAAGGCUACUUCCGAACGGGGGAUUCUGCGCGUCUUGUCGGGUCCAACGUCGUCCUUGAUGGCCGCUUCAAAACAGAUUAUAUUCGUACCAAGGGACACCGGAUCACCAUCUUCGAAGUGGAGUCCGAGAUCAUGAAGCUUCCCUAUGUUUCGGAGGGAUACAUCUUGGGAGCUCCUGACCGCGAUGGAGAUCGUCUCGCAGCUUUGAUCCGCUUCGACCCCACUGCGCUUAAGACCGGCAGUGUCCCUGAUCUGCGACAGUUGCGUGUUGACCUGCACAAGAACCUUUACGCCUUCCAGUUGCCGGUUGCUCUACGGCAUUUGCGCGACGGAGAGGACGUUCCUCGCACAGACACCGGAAAACUGGUUCGCCGGCAUACCGUCCAGCAGUAUUUCGCUCCCAAUGAGGACUUCACGUAUGGCAGUGACGUGGAGGUGUGCGAAUGGAACGAACCGGUGGCAGACGGAGUCAAGGCAUGGGACUGGGGAGGAACACCGUACUAA